AUGCCUACGGAUUUUUCUGAUCAACAACAGAAAACACGCAAGAAUUCAAAGAAACCGACUGGCAAGAGGCAGAAUCAAGACAUGGAUGAAUAUGAAACAGAUGAAGAAAUAAUGUGGAAUAAGGUUGUGAAGCGACAUCGAUAUUAUGAAUCUAUUGAGAAACGGGAAACGAAUGAAUUCAUGGAGCGAAUCUAUAAGACCAAAGUCAACGACAUCUUUUUCAGUAGGAAAAAGAAAAACGAAAAUAUUUUUGGGGUGGAUAUCAAUUCGCCAUUACUCCCCAAGGGAUUGCAUCUGCAAGGUAGCACCAUAUUGGAAAAGGCAGCAAACCUGCACCAGAAGCUUACAGGUGGUCUGGAAACGGAGGAAGACAAAACGACGCAUGAGAGCUGGAGCAACUCGCAUUCUGGUAUGUUAGCUGAAAGCAAUCGAUUGAAGAACAUCAGCAGAGAAUUUUCGAAGGAAGGACGAAUCGAUAUAAAGACGUAUCGCAAUGUCAAUCGCGAUACAGCAUUCGAUGAAGGAAUCACUUCUUCAUUCUUCGCGAAAUACAGCUCAGGAGAAUACAUCAAGUCAAAAGACGACCUCGAAGCUUCGCCAUAUUCCGCCAGAGAUUGCAAGAAAAACGAGAGGACCACAGCCACACGGUAUCCAAUGCAUUUCAAUGAAUCAGGAAUUUCAAAUAUUGUGUUCACGCGGAAAUUGAAUGGGACUUGUGACAAUCAAGAUUCCGAACUGGAUUCAGAUGAACGCAGGCUAUUCCAAGCCUUGUUUGCAUCUUACGGUGAAGAAGCCUUUACCAUUUCAAGAUUGAUGUGCAAUAAGAGCAUCAAAGCAAUCGAGAGGAUGAUCCGAGAUUCCAGAAAGGACAUUCCAUGCCAAAUAUGCAAGAAUCCAGAGCAAGGGGACGAAAUGAUUUUGUGUGACAGAUGUGAUAAAGGAUAUCAUAUUUUCUGCUUGGAUCCUCCACUUGUAAGAAUACCUGAUGGAGAUUGGUUUUGCUACCAGUGCAAAGAAAGCAUCGAUGGCGAGGCUGAAAAAGAGCUCGUCGAAGCUUUGAAGAUCAGAAGCCUUCAAGAAUUCGACAAGCUUGCGGACUCUGCAGAAGGGGGGAAACGAAUCAUAUCUUUGGACGACAUUCAUUAUCCUCAAUUUGAAUCUAUAUUUGGGGUCUACUUGUUAACUUGCCCAGUUCCUGUCCAUAGAGAGCAAGCUGUCGCAUAUCUUGUACCGCUCCGGCGGCACCUUCGCAUUGUUGUCGCCUCUACUAUAUCCGCGUUCAUGAGUCUUCAAAUUGAACAUAUCAAAAAGGAAAGGUACAAAUACAUGAAUGGAAGCCAAUCAGAACAUAUGGACGUGAAGCUUAGCACAGCUCCAUAUGCAGCAAAUGAUGGAUACUGGGGACGGUGA